UGGCUGCGCGAGGACCAGGCUUUUGCUGCUCCAGUGUCUCAGGAGCUGUAUCACCAUUGUGGGCGUCUCUGGCUUCUCUGUGCUACUGCACCUCUCGCGAGCAUGUCGCUAUGGCGCAGCCAGUGCUUGUAAAAGCAUACACAGAUGGCAAGAGGUCUACGGAGAGACCUGUGGCGAGGAUCCACGAUGCGCAAACACUGCCCCCAAUCUCAUCUUAUGCUUUUGCGGACAUUCUCCGGUCGGUCGACGGCAAUCGGGACUUCCAGCUAGCUAUCGAUGGCAUCGCAGAGAUAUGCGCAAAAACACGACUGAGUUUGGCUGACGAGUAUGGAUCUCAUAUGCCUCCUUUGGGCGAAAUCACGGUUGCGAAUGCCACCCUCCCAAGACCACAAAUACCUCGACCAGGUAUGCGCCGAGUUCUGACAAGCGUGCCGGAGGCAAGCUCUGGGAGCAGCGAAGGAAGCCGCAAGAGUACUCAGAAAAGAGCAAGUAUAUUCAGCUUUCGGAAGCGUCCGCAGCAGAAGCAGGAUAGCAGGCCGAUGCGACGGAUCCGUAUCAGCAGUAUGGGCAGGAGCAUACCCGUCGGCACCACGACGGCGAUGGCUGGGGAAGUCAUUCUGCCCGACGACCUCACACGCAGCUCAUCGGAGGCUACCGUGGUGACCGUUGUUCCUUUGCGACCCGGUUCCCGACAGCGGGCAGGAAGCGCAGCACAAUAUAGCCUGCAGCGUCUCCUCGCCCAUCGCUGAGAUAGAGCGAGACCCCGAACCAUGGACUGAGGCUGGAGGCCAUGGCCGUCCCUCGUGGAAGGCUCGUUUGACAAGUCCGUGCUGAAGAGCCGACCAAGCCCUCCCGCCGUCGGUGUCCAGCUGCGACGCAGCAUGCAUUUUCCGAGACUCCUCUUGUAGUAUUCCUCCAUGUGUACCGCCUUCCACAGGCGUUUCGAUGUAUUGCGGACGCUGGCACUCAGGAAGUGCCUCGAUGGUCAAGUGCUACCGC